AUGCCACCAAUUCGCUCUCAAAGCUCUCGAAAUUCAAUAGAGCAAGAAGGCAGGAUCUUAUUAGCUACUCAGGCUAUUCAGAAACAAGAAAUAAGCUCUGUUCGUGAAGCAGCACGCCGAUUUAACGUACCCGAAUCGACACUCCGGACACGCCUACGUGGCGUUCAACACCGCGCGACUUCUCGUGCUAAUUCUCAUAAACUGACACAAAUUGAAGAGGAUUCUCUUCAAAAAUGGAUUCUCUCUAUGGAUUCUCGGGGAUCAGCACCUCGGCCUUCUAUGGUUCGAGAAAUGGCGAAUCUUCUUCUCGAAAAGCGCGGAACUACCCCGGUCCUUUCAGUCGGCGAAAAUUGGGUUACAAAAUUUGUGAAAAGGAACCCUCUCCUCUCCUCCCGAUUCUCGAGACGCUAUAAUUAUGAACGUGCGAAGUGCGAAGACCUAAAGAUUAUUCAGGAGUGGUUUAAUCUUGUUCAAAAUACCAUCCUUCAAUUUGGAAUCGACCCCGAUGACGUUUAUAACUUUGAUGAGACUGGUUUCGCAAUGGGGUUAAUCGCUACUGCGAAGGUGAUAACAAGGAGCGAAUUCUACGGUCGGCGCUCGCUUUUACAACCUGGAAAUCGCGAAUGGGUGACUACUAUUGAGUGUGCAAAUGCAUCGGGUUGGGCCCUCCCUCCGUGUAUUAUUUUUAAAGGCAAAGUCUACUUGGAAUCAUGGUUCGAAGGCCUACCAAACGACUGGCGAAUUGAAGUUAGUCCUAAUGGUUGGACUUCAGAUGAAAUUGGACUUCGCUGGCUUGAAAAGCUCUUUAUUCCUAGCACUUCUCUUCGUACGAAGGGGAGGUAUAGGCUGCUAGUUCUUGACGGACACGGAAGCCAUUUGACCCCGAAAUUCGAUGAAAUCUGCGAGCAAAAUAGGAUAAUACCUAUCUGUAUGCCUCCGCACUCCUCUCACCUUUUACAGCCUCUUGAUAUCGGCUGCUUUGCUGUGUUAAAGCGAUCAUAUAGUCGGUUAGUGGAGAUGAAAAUGAGACGCCAAGUUAAUCAUAUUGAUAAACUUGAUUUCCUCGAUUUAUACCCACUUGUACGAAUCGAAGCUUUUAAAUCGGAGACUAUUAAGAAUAGCUUCGGAGCAGCUGGUUUAGUCCCUUUUUCACCAGAAAGAGUGAUCUCGAAGCUGAAUAUUCAACUUCGAACCCCAACACCCCCUCCUAGUAGGGGGAGCGAUUUAAGCCGGAAUUUCACACCAAAAACACCUGCUACAGAGAAAGAACUACGUCGACAGGCUUCGUCAAUCAAAGCUUUACUUCGUACGAGGUCUCGAAGCCCGCCUAGCCCGUCAGAUCGUGCAUUAAACCAGCUUGUGAAAGGCUUCCGUCUCACAAUGCAAAGCGCUAUUUUAUUAGCGAAGGAAAACCAGGAAUUACGCGCUGAAAAUGAGAAGCAGAAGCAAAAGCGGACUAGAUCCCGAAGGCAUAUUGCUUCUGAAGAGGGCCUUUCAAUUGAAGAAGCCUCUGCAUUAAUUUUGCAGCAACAGGGAGCAAGUGAAGCACCUCCCCCCGGCCCUGGCACCUCUAGAGAAUCGGCUAUUCAGCCACGUACUCGGCCCCCCGGGGGUGUGGAAUAUGCAGAUUACCAGGGCAUCGAAGGGAAACAUGUCCAAAUAGACCAAUUAAUUAGUUGA